UGAUGCGGCUUGUAAGCCUUCCCUGUGUCUGUAGUCAGGAUAUCUCCAUAUCUGAUGUAAGCCUUCCCUGUGUCUGUAGUCAGGAUAUCUCCAUAUCUGAUGUAAGCCUCCCCUGUGUCUGUAGUCAGGAUAUCUCCAUAUCUGAUGUAGUCAGGAUAUCUCCAUGUCUGAUGUAAGCCUCCCCUGUGUCUGUAGUCAGGAUAUCUCCAUAUCUGAUGUAGUCAGGAUAUCUCCAUGUCUGAUGUAAGCCUCCCCUGUGUCUGUAGUCAGGAUAUCUCCAUAUCUGAUGUAGUCAGGAUAUCUCCAUGUCUGAUGUAAGCCUCCCCUGUGUCUGUAGUCAGGAUAUCUCCAUAUCUGAUGUAAGCCUCCCCUGUGUCUGUAGUCAGGAUAUCUCCAUAUCUGAUGUAAGCCUCCCCUGUGUCUGUAGUCAGGAUAUCUCCAUGUCUGAUGUAAGCCUCCCCUGUGUCUGUAGUCAGGAUAUCUCCAUGUCUGAUGUAAGCCUCCCCUGUGUCUGUAGUCAGGAUAUCUCCAUAUCUGAUGUAAGCCUCCCCUGUGUCUGUAGUCAGGAUAUCUCCAUAUCUGAUGUAAGCCUCCCCUGUGUCUGUAGUCAGGAUAUCUCCAUGUCUGAUGUAAGCCUCCCCUGUGUCUGUAGUCAGGAUAUCUCCAUAUCUGAUGUAGUCAGGAUAUCUCUAUCAGACAUUUACCUAGAUUUAUAUUAUUCAUCCUUCUUUCUGGAGAAACACACAGAUGGUGAUCUGGUCCUCGGUGUGGUGAGGAGACUCCCGGGAGUCAUGAAAAUGGCUCCAAUAUAUGAAGCAGGUUUUGUCCUGAUGACAUUGUGGAUGAAUGUUUCUGUCCUUUCAUACAAAUAGAAAUCAUUUGUGUUUUGCAGAGUUCUUGUCCUGUGAACAUCGAAGAACAGCCUCACUUGGAGGACGCUAAUGCGGCUUUCUACCUGAGAAUUCCCAAACAUUCUCCUUAUUCCAGGCUCCUCGUUGUCUUCAAUCCUCGUCCAGAUCCACAAGGAUACAUCUGCACUUUGGAUCUUCUUCUUGGUCUUAUAGGGAUCUCUCACCCAGCCAUUAACAAUAAUGAUCCCAUUCUCCAGUGCCCUGGUGACUUCAUUGGUCACGCUCUUUCUGUGUGCGCACUUCUGGCUUUCGCAUGCCAUAUUGGAACACGGGACCUACAAGAAGCCCAACAUUAUCAUUAUUUUAGCAGAUGACAUGGGAUGGGGAGAUCUUGGUGCAAAUAUUGCCUCAGAGACAGCAACAACUCCAAACCUAGAGAAAAUGGCUUCCAAAGGACUAAGAUUCGUGGAUUUCCAUUCUGCAGCUUCCACCUGCUCCCCAUCCCGGGCCUCACUACUCACCGGAAGGCUUGGAAUCCGGAACGGAGUAACCCAUAACUUUGCCAUAACAUCCCUUGGUGGACUUCCCCUGAAUGAGACAACGCUGGCAGAUGUCCUAAAGGAAUGUGGCUACAUCACCGGCCUCGUUGGUAAAUGGCAUCUAGGUCACCACGGUCCCUAUCAUCCCAACCUACGGGGAUUUCACUACUACUUUGGAAUCCCAUACAGUAAUGACAUGGGCUGCUUAGACACAACCGGGUACAACCUUCCCCCGUGCCCGCCCUGCCCGCGGAGCCCGCGAGAGCCGCCAUACUGCUCCUCUCUCGGCGGGUGUGACACGAAGCUCGGAUUACCUCUGAUGGAAAACUCUCAGAUUUUGGAUCAGCCGGUGGAUUUGAAUGGCUUGGCCGGCAGAUACGCAGAGCGGGCCGCGGAGUUCAUCAGAGAUGCCAAGGCUCGGGGGGCGCCGUAUUUCCUGUAUGUGGCCCUCGCACAUGUCCACGUUCCGCUGACAGUUGGUCCCACUAAGACACCAUACAAGGACAGCCUGCAAGAGAUGGACUGGCUGAUUGGACAGAUAAUAGCCAAUGCCGACCACAACACUCUGGUCUGGUUUACAGGUGACAACGGACCCUGGGCUGAGAAGUGUGACCUCGCAGGAAGUACAGGACCGUAUAUAGGAGCAUGGCAGACAGCACAAGGUGGUAGUGCAGCAAAACGGACAACAUGGGAAGGUGGUCAUCGUGUCCCCACCAUUGUCUACUGGCCAGAGGUGGUUCCAGAAAACAAGACAAGCUCUGCACUAGUGAGUAUGCUGGACAUUUUCCCCACCAUAGUGACUCUUGCAAAUGGCACUCUGCCAGCCAAUCGGCAGUAUGACGGUAUAGACAUCUCUGCCAUCCUCCGUGGAGGGGCACAGAAAGGACACCAGAUCCUUUAUCACCCCAACAGCGGGGCAGGCGGGCAGUUUGGAAACAUAGAAGCAAUUCGGUUGGGUCCAUACAAGGCUUUUUAUACCACAGGUGGAGCAUUGAGCUGUGAAGGGAAGAUCGGACCUGAGCGACAUCACAAACCUCCUUUAGUCUUUAACAUUGAGCGCGACCCGCGGGAAGAGGCGCCCCUGGAGGCCAGCAGUGUAGAGUUUCAGCAAGUGUUGCCGCUGAUCGAGGAUGCCAUUUCUGCAAUUCACGAAAAUGUCCGCAAAGACAAUGUGUCCACAGCAGACUAUUCUCAGGACACGACCGCCAUGAUCUGCUGUAACCCCCGGCAUGUUGUGUGCCGCUGUACAGAGCAAUGACCUCUCCACCUCCUUGAUAUCUUCUCUAAUAUUCUUCCACCGGCCUGGAGAAGGAUUUACCUCUGAAGUUUAGCAGGGAAUCCCAGUCUUCUCUGGAAGGAGCGUCUUCAUCCCGAGUGCUGGAACAAGGUUUGCACAUCAUCAUUACACAUCUGUGUUGUAAUAUUUUAUAUGUAUCGUGUUUUAUGUAUAGCACAGCGUAUGUGUGUCACAUACAAACAUUCUAGCCAAGAGGGUGUUAAGGGGACUUGUUGAUCAAAGGGGGCGGGACUUACUCCACAUAUCAAAGGGGACAGUUAGUGACUCCGGGAUGUUGAUAUUCAAUAAUGCAAAUGAGGGCAGUUUAUGACUGCAGCCGUUUCCAGCUCGGGUCAUUGUCAUCUGUAAGACAGAGGGCAGAAGGCCUAAUGGAGGCGGCCAAAUUGCUCAUCCAUUCAGUGUACAGGGAAUCAUUCUUUAUGAUUAGGAAAGAUGGGACUCCGAGUUCUAUUUACUCUGUUGGAUUUUGUCAUCUGUUGCAAGUAUUGGACUUUGUUCUGUGUUGGAAGUCAAUAAAGUGCAUCUCUCUGGAAGAA